GCACGAGAACGAGGUAGCAAAAAACCAUCAUGGCGGCUGUUCAACAAGGAGGAAUGCUAAGUCAUGGUGAACAAACCAUGGCAUCUGACGACUAUCCAGACUGGUUAAGAGCAGAACAUCGUACAGGAACUACAAUAAUGGCGGUAGAGUUCGAUGGCGGCGUGGUUAUUGGCGCUGACUCACGCACUACGACAGGGGCUUACAUUGCCAACCGUGUGACAGACAAGCUGACUCCAGUAACAGACAGAGUGUUUUGCUGCCGAUCAGGAUCUGCCGCUGCUACUCAAGCCAUAGCAGAUGCUGCUAAAUAUCAUUUGAACUUUCACAGCAUUGAAAUGGGAGAGCAGCCACUCGUGAAAACAGUAGCAAAUGUCUUUCGUGAGAUUUGCUAUGCAAACCGUGAUCAAUUGACUGCUGGAAUUAUCUGUGCAGGCUGGGACAAACGACAAGGAGGACAGGUGUUUUUAAUUCCUCUGGGUGGAAUGUGUGUGAGGCAGCCAUUUGCAAUAGGAGGAUCUGGAAGUACCUAUAUCUAUGGCCAUUGUGAUGCUACUUUCAAACCUGGCAUGACAAAGGAAGAGUGCUUCACAUUUGUGUCAAAUGCCGUGGCUUUGGCUAUGUCCCGUGAUGGUUCAUCUGGUGGAAUUAUACGUAUGGCGGCCAUUGAUGAGUCUGGCAUUGAAAGGAGAGUUCUUCUAGGAAAUGAACUUCCCACAUUUUAUGAAGGAUGAAAGUUGCUCGUGUCAACUGCAUUUCAGUUUUGCUGUAUUUAAGUGUUUUGAGAAUUAAUCUAUGCUGUCUGUAGAACAGAAAUAAAAAUAUCUCUGAUUUGA